UUUUUUUUUUUUUUUUUUUUUUUGUGCCUUUUGGAUUGAAAGAAAGAGAUGGGUGCUAUGGCAAUGACACUGGUUGUAGCAACACUACUUGUGUUGUUAGGCACAAAUUCAGCAAUGGCUUGGGAUGGAGCUGGAGUGAUUCAUGUAAGUGGGAAAGUUAUGUGUCAGGAUUGCACCAAAGGCUAUAAUGAAUGGGUUAAUGGUUAUAGACCCAUUAAAGGAUGCAAGGUCUCCCUUACUUGUAUGGAUGACAGGAGAAGAGUGAGGCACUAUGUUAGUGAUACCACUGAUGAGCAAGGCCAAUUUGACAUGACUGUGAGCAAAUACAUAAAUGGAAAAAAAUUAAAUGAAAAAUUAUGCUCAGUAAGGCUUCUAUCAUCCCCAGAUCCUACAUGCAAUGUUCUUACUGAUUUUGCUGGUGGAAAAUCAGGAAUAAAGCUUAGGAGACCAACUUUCUUAUAUAGAGAUAUGGUUAAGUAUAUACUUAACCCAUUUUAUUUCACUACUCCUAUGUGUGAACAACCUGAUACUAGUGAAUCUGAUGGCUCCAAUGGAAGCAAUCAUUAUUGAGUUUCUUUUCUUUAAUUGUAAUAUUAAUACAUUGCUUUUGUUUUUCAUUUUGAUUAUGUAAGGCAUCUUCCUUGAUAAAAACAGAGGUUGGCCAUUCUGUAUUCAAAUGUGAUAGUAUAAUUUCUCCUUUC